AUGUCUAGAGUACGGAAGCAACCCGGAACGUAUACGAUCUCUUCAUUGAAUGGCGAUAGCCUAGGCAGCAAGAAACGAAAGAGGGUCGAAGUUCCCUCAGUCGAAUCAACACCAAGAAGCAAACAGAAAGUUGAGCGCUUCGCCGAGACGACGCGGUCUCCCCGUUCGCGACUGGCAGCAACCGACGUCCAAGUCAAGGAACAAGUGGAAAAUAAAGCUGAGUCUACUCGGAACGGCUCCUUGAUUUUAGAAGAGACGGAGGAAGUUAAGAUCUCGGUGAAAAAAAGCCCGGCCCUCAGAUUGAAGACCCAGAAGGCUUCGAAGGCAGACCCGGAGGAUGAACAAGACUUGGUGAAGGAGGAAACCCAAACAAAGGCAAAGCGCAAAGGGAAACCAAAACAAUCUCUGGAGGAAGAGGGCGACGAGGACGAAACCAAACCCAAGAAGAAGCGCAAGACCAAAGAAGAAAAGGAAGCAGAAGCAAUGGCUCUCGCUGCUCGGACGACAGGGUUGAAGAUGUUCGUCGGCGCCCACACAAGCGUAGCCAAGGGAGUAGAAAACUCUGUCAUGAAUUGUCUACACAUUGGUGGAAAUGCAUUCGCCUGUUUUCUCAAAUCCCAGCGGAAGUGGGAGAAUCCUCCAUUACAAAACAGCAACAGGGAUGCGUUUCGAAAGGCUCUGAUCGAGCAUAAGUACGAUGGGAUGAAGCACGUCGUUCCACACGGAAGCUACCUGGUCAAUUUGGCGAACGCGGACAAAGACAAGGUUGAACAGUCAUAUGAUGCUUUUCUUGACGAUCUGCGACGGUGUGAGGCCUUAGGAAUCAAGCAUUAUAAUUUCCAUCCAGGGGGAGCUGGCACUGGUUCUUUCGACGAAGCCAUAAAACGGCUUGCUGGCAACCUCAAUCGAGCAUUGUCAGAGACCAGCACGGUGGUUCUGCUCUUGGAAAACAUGGCUGGACAUGGCACGCUGAUUGGAGGCCGCUUCUCUGACCUCCGCGACGUUAUUGCUCAAAUCAAACCUGAAUUCAGGCCUCGCAUCGGGGUGUGCAUCGACACAUGCCAUGCAUUUGCGGCAGGAUAUGAUUUGAGGACCCCCGAAGCAUUUGAGAAGACCAUGCAAGAGUUCGAUGAUGUGGUUGGAAUGCAAUAUCUUAAAGCUUUGCAUCUCAACGACUCGAAAGCACCCCUCAACAGCCAUCGUGACCUACACCAAAACAUCGGGCUCGGGUUUCUAGGCCUUCGAGCCUUCCACAGCGUCAUGAAUGAGCCGCGUUUCCAGGGUUUACCACUCAUCCUCGAGACUCCCAGUGAGAGACCUGAUCCUAAAGACCCAACGAGCAAGAAGACAAUUGAGGACAAGAGUGUGUGGGCCAAGGAGAUCAAAUUGCUCGAAAGUCUGAUAGGGAUGGAUCCCAAGGGUGAUGAAUUUCUGACAUUGGAGAGAGAGCUGAGCAACAAGGGCAAAAAGGAGCGACAGGAAAUGCAGGCCAAGUUUGAUGAAAAGCAAGAGAAGGAGAGAAAGAAAAUGGCCAAGGAGCGUGAAAGGGGUCAGAAGAGCUUGACUGACAUGUUUGGCAAAGUCGGUGGUGGCCAGGCGAACAAAGUCGCCCGGAAGACAAGGAAGAAGCCGAAAGGUCAGGAUGAGAGUGAUUCGGACGAACUGAGCUCCGUUGGUGAUCUCAGCGACAACGAGGAGGGGCAUAAGCACUGA